CAUUGAUCCAACGUAGCACAGUGCAGGGAACGCGAAUUGUCAUUCACAAUUCUAUCUCUCUUUGGAAUAAGAUGUGUGUAAUUUUCAUCAGACGGUAUUUUGAUGUUGAUAAGGAAAUUUAACAUGGAGAAAGAUUCUCAUGGGAUUUGAUAUAAAAAAGAAAAUAGAUUGAUAGAUUAAUAAACAUUGCCGUUUAGGAAAUCUGUGUGAGGAAGGCUGGAGAAGUCAAUGAAUUUUAAUGCGAUAAACUUUUAUCAGUUAUCAAUUGUUCUAAAGUUUCAUGGAUUAUAGAUAAUUUUCUAAAAGAAUGUGUUUUUAUUCAAACUGCAGCAGAUUACCUCCCCUGGGCUUGGAUAUGGAUGUCCAUUCUUCUGUGGUUCCGUCCUCUGCCAGUGCCCACGACCUUCAACACAAGGCCAUGAUGUCCUUCAACUCGGGAAACUCCAUGCAGGGGAAUGACCCGGGAAUGUCCAUCCCCAGCAGUGUGACCGGAGGGAACUCCGGCCCAGACCACAACCCCACCGUGACCUCCAGCAACAUGGGGUCACUGCCCAUGUCACUCGUCAAGAACUCAGUCAAAGCCCCCACCUGUAAGGUCUGCGGGGACGAAUCCUCAGGGUUCCACUACGGAGUGGACUCAUGCGAAGGAUGCAAGGGUUUUUUCCGCCGCUGUAUCACCCAAGGAAUGACACACAAAUGUUCUAAUGAGGAGAAAUGUGAAAUCACGCCGUUCACCAGAAACAGUUGUCAGUACUGUCGACUCAAAAAAUGCUUCGCAGUCGGAAUGUCUCGGGAAGCAUCCAGACUGGGUAGAAGGCCAAAGAGGUUAAAAGACCCGUCCAGUGAUGCGAGGGGCCAUGGAGGAAAUCUACCCAUUGCCCCCUACCCCACCUCCCCACAGGAAUUACAGAGGAUGCGCAUGGCGGAUCUACAGAAGGUGUUACAGCAGAACGGCACGUUCAAGGCAGAGCUAAUGCAGGCCUUCCUUCAGGCGGCCCAGGUCAGCUUCCGGGAACACCAGCGUAACCCUAGCAACGGCCAGCAGCCACCUCAGCAACAGCGACCCCAGCAACACGGGCCACCUCACCAGAUGACUACGCAGAUGAGUACUGGAGAGGUUAACGGUAACGUGAACGGCCACGACUCCGGGUACUCCAGCUUCAGUAGUCCGGUCAGCAGUAAGAGUCAGUCCCCGAUCACCAACGACAACCUGGGCGAGAAAUUCAACGGGAAUCAGCCAAUGGCGGUGUCGACGGGAGACAUGAUGCUGGAGGAGAUCGACAACCUGACCAUGAACAUCAAGUCGGAGCCCGGGAGCAACUUCUCCAACUGCAGCAGCCUAGAUAGCAGCACGGACCUGCUGGCUCAGAUGGACCUCAAAGUGUUGAAUCAAAUGAAUGAAAAAAUGUUCAUGGACCCUUCCACUCUCCUGUUUGAGAGUAGCUUCUCUCCCCCCGAGGCCACAUGUAAACUGGAGCCGGACAGUCCCAGUGUGACGGACGUUAUGUCCAUGGGGAGAACGAAUCCGGACUGCAAUAUUUCCGACCAGAACAGUUGCACUGGUAGUUCUAGUAGUGCGGGAAAAGAGCUAUGCUUGGAUAUCGACGAAGAGGAAAUCGUGGAGACGGACGCCACAAAAUUACUAGAGGAGGUGCGGCAGGGUCCGACGGAUGUCCGCCGCGCGCUGAUAGAGCAGGUGACGGAGAGCGUGGUGGAAGCCCACUUUCAGACCUGUAACCCCACAUAUCAAAACGUUGCAGAAGCCAACGACAGAUUCGCUGAAAAAAUGGCCUCCGGUGAUUUGCCUGACUUCAGUAAGCUGGUGAUCAACCCAAACUCUAUCUGGCAACAGUUCGUCUCCCAAAUGGUUCCUGAAAUCACUCUGGUCGUCAAGUUCUGCAAGAAGAUUCCAGGUUUUGGGGAGAUAGACCAGGAAGACCAGAUUAACCUUAUCAAGCAGGGGUCGUUUGAGGUCAUGCUGUGCCGAUUCUGUAACUUGGUGGAUUACAAGAAGGGGAUGAUGUUUGACCCAGAAAUGAAAAUAAAAUGUCCCAGGUCCAUGGUGAAGAUGCUUCCGAUGGGAGAAUUCAUGGACGAGUUCUUCAAUGUUGCUGAGAUGUUUAACCCCCUGAAACUGACGGAUGGGGAAAUUGGCCUCUUCACAUCUACCCUCAUCAUAUGUCCAGAGCGGAAAGGCAUCAAGAAUGUGAGAGCUGUACGUAAACUCCAGUCUCUGCUUUUCCAGUGUUUGUACGCACUCAUCAAGAAGAACCACUUUGAUUACGACAAUGUUUUUAUGAAGGCAGUGUCCACAAUGAGGACUUUCAAAGUGGUUAAUCUGAAGCAUCGCAUCGCCCUCAACAGCAUGCAGAUGCAGGCGCCCUCAAAAGACAUGUUUCCUCCACUACACUGUGAGGUGUUCGAACACGGAGACUGUAGCACGGAGAACUCGAAAAAAUCAUGAAACUCCUGACACUUAAGUCACUGGACGGUCAUAUAAAUAUAAAUGUAUGUAAAUAUGGGACUUGUGUAUCACUGACGUUAGACAAUGGAAGAUUUCCGACGGUCAGGUGAUUCUGAGGGAAGAAGGAAACGUUACAAAGAUCUCAAUCUGUGUCAUUCAAGCUUGCUGGAGUAGCCUCACUUUGAACUCUGCUGAUAUGGCCUCUGAUGCUACAGUGAUAUUCUGCUUAUUUUAUGAGACGACGUGAGUCAGGUGCCCCCUGGUUCUAUUCCCGAGGACCCCGCCCCGUGACGAGGUUGUGGAGCUCCGAGUCGUCAAAGUGAUCAGAGAGAGACUGAACCAGAUAUUGAUGAACUCGUUUUGCUACAAAUUGUUCCCUCCAACUCACAUUUCUCAGACACGCUACGGCAGUGUGUGUAUAGACUCUUGUUUCCUUUGUAUUCGAGGAAGUGACAAUUUUUUGAUGUGAUGCUGGCGGAAUCAUCGUCACGGCACUGUAAUGCACACUGUGUCCUGUAGGUGUUUUCUCUCACUGUAUUGAUGCUAGAGUUUUUUGUUAGAUAUAAGGUGACGGAGACAUUUCCCUGUAUUACACCUGAAGUACCUUGGUAUUAAGUAGGGACUGUAGAGGGGUCUCAAUGUGCGGGACCCACCCUUUUGUGUCAGAUUUUCAAUAUAAUGGUUUGUGAAGUUGUCGUAUUUUUUAAAAUUGGUUCACAAUAUUUUUAUACGUUACAUCUUACAGUAAAUCAGAAACUUUUUAUUUCUUUGCAUUCUAUACAACUGUAAAAGAAAAAAAUUGCAAGCACAUUUUACUAACUAUAAUCUAAGAAAAGUAUUUUGACAUAAGAAUUUUUUACUGUUCUAAAAUCAUUUGUUUUCUUAAAUUUUGUCCUGAGACUAAUGAAUAAGAAACAACAUUUGUUGCUCUGCUGAUGGUCCAUUUAGAGUUGUAUGAUGGCUCUUUUAUGAAUUCAUUUUGAUGUAAAUUCAGAGGUCUGUAGUAUCUGCAGAGUUAAGACAAGAGUCAGACCAUUGCCAAUGCUUGGCAGUUCAGUUUAAUUUUUUUGUUCAUUUCAUUGAAAUUAAUUUUUAUCAUCCUCAUCCCUAUACAAUUAUGGUUACUUGUGAAUAUCAUAGAUGUAUUUUGUAAAUACGUGUAGGUCAGUGAUUGACUGUGUAUGGAUAAGUUCAGUUUGUCUCCUGUUGAGUGGCAAACCCAGAGAAAAAAGUUCUGUUUCUUUAAUUUUAUGGAGUUAUCUUCAAAGUUUACUGAUAAUUACCAUAAUCAGUGUAAAGGUUUUACUUUAUAUAUAUAGCUUAAUGAAGAUAUGAAGGUUUUCUGUAUUUCUGUAACUUAAAUAUCAUGUGUAGGGUAAUACAGCAAAAAUGUCACUGAAUUCACCUUUUAAAGUGCUACGCAAUUAUUAAAAUGCAAGUUUAAAAAUACAAAAACAAUGCUGUUUAAAAGAACAGUUUUCAUUCCACAAUGCCAGAAAAGGUCUGUAUAAUAGUGCUACUUUUGUGAAAUUUCUAUACUUUCUUGUGCCAACCGUUCCUUUGUUUCUGAUUUAAUAAUUUGUACCUAGUGCAGUCAAUGGUCUCUGUAUUUGUAUAUAGUAUAUACUUCACCUGUCAAGUUGGUUUGCAAAGGGAAAUAACCCACACCCAAGAUUGCCAUAAAACAAAUGAGUUUCAGAAUUACAUUUUAUCAUAACUUUCAUUCAAACAGAAGGUUUUGAUACUGUUUAAUCUGUACAAAAGUUAAAAGGGAAAAAGGGAAUAUUUUCAAAGAUUUUGACCUCUCAGGGCAGAUUAUUUUGAUUAUUUAACAGUUUCAAAACAAGGCUGAUGCAGUAUUGAUUGUGUGUUUUACUGGGGGAGAAGAUAGCGGACCCACGAGGGUAGUAGAUGUUUCUCAGAUUGGUAUCUAUCAUUGACUAUAGGAGUCAACACAACUUACAUGUAUGCUGUGAUAAGAUUAUAUUUAGUGUUGACGAAACAAAAUCAUUGAUGAAUAUGAAAUAUUGAUGUUAUUUCAUUAGUUUCUUUCCUCUACCCCCGUUCAUAAAGUGGGCACAAAUUUUUUAAUGCUUCAGAAAGACAUAAAAAUUGGUUAUCAUUUGCAUACUCCUUUUCAGGGAAGAAGAGGGUGUUUUUGUUAGUGACUAUGACUAUAAAAAAGAUGAAGAUCUUUGAAUUGUUUCAGUUAUUGUAGAUAUUUUAUUGCGACACAAGAGUUUAAUUCCCUUCCUGUGGGUACAGUUCAGUGAAAUAGAAACUCAAAAGUAGAAAAUCAUUAAUUGAUUCAUAAAACUAACUGUUUUGGUUAAAUUUUAAUGAAAUGAAAAAUGAAAGCAACUAUUUUUAUAACAGAACAAUGUUACUUGUUAUUUUUAUUAGUUUGUACAAACGACUGCAGGUUGCCUUAAAACAUCUUAAUGACCCGGUUUUGCACUGUUGCUCAAAAGCUUUUUGUUAAGAGUGAUUAUUGUAGACCAUUUAUGUGUUGCUGGUAUAUAAUGUAUAUUGUGAUACUUAUUAUUCUCUAAUUAGUUUACUAAACUGUUACUGAGUUGGAAUAAUUUUGUGUGAGAAGGUUUUGUUUUACUGAUUAUAAAUUUUUAAGCAUUGUACGUCAGAAGAAAAUAUUUAAUUUUAUUUGUAUAAAAAUAUUUAUUUUUAUUUAAAGAAAAUAAUUACAGAUUUUAUAUCGUAUGGAACCUUUCUAAAAGACAUCCUUAUGUAGUAGAUUAGAAAAUGAAACAUAAUGCCGUUUUAUCAGCCCUGUGACCCACGUGUAUAGAUUGUUAGCUCACGUGUUAUUUUCUUAUCUGACGUCACUAAGACACGUGAUAUCAUCGCUGUCCAUCACUAACGAGCGUUUGAAGUGAUUUGUGUUACUUGGAUCCUCAUUAAUUAGGUCAUGAUGUUGCUGUGUAGAUUUCACCGUCCUCAUGGACCGUGGAAACACGCACCUAUCGCUUAUUAUUACAGAAGACAUUGUAUUAUGUUCAAUUUUUUUUCCUGUUAGUAAUGUCUUGAAUAAAAAUCAUUUAAAGAUCAUAAACA